GUUCGAAGGUGGGUAGCGGUGGUGUGGCCGGUUACUCAGAAACUAACGUAGAUCGACGUGAACGACUUCGUAAACUUGCUUUGGAAACAAUUGAUCUGAACAAAGAUCCUUAUUUUAUGAAAAAUCAUCUCGGAUCUUAUGAAUGUAAACUUUGUUUGAACUUACACACCAAUGAAGAAGCCAAAGAGAAUAAUAACAUUCAACCUGCAUUACAAGCACAAGCAAAAAUUCAAGUUAAAAAAAAUUUGGUUAAAAUAGGAAGACCUGGUUAUAAAGUAACUAAAGUUCGCGAUCCAAUCACCAGACAACUCGGAUUAUUGUUUCAAAUUCAAUAUCCAGAAAUUGGAUUAGAUGUCAUACCUCGUCAUCGUUUCAUGUCAGCUUAUGAACAAAGAAUUGAACCACCUAAUAAAGCACAUCAAUAUUUGCUCUUUGCUGCAGAACCAUAUGAAACGAUCGCGUUCAAAGUACAAAGUAAAGAA